AUGCAGGUUUUCGUUAGAACACUCGCUGGAAAGUUCCUCACACUUGAGGUUCCUUCUGGCCUUUCUCUCGAAGAGCUCAAGGCUUUCACAGGCCUCGAGCUUGCUGGUGCCGUUGCUGAGAACGCCGUCCUCGAAGAAUUCGAAGUUGAUGAUGGUGGCAAGAAGAAGAAGAGGAAGAAAAAGAACUUCGUCUCCAAGAAGCGUGUCCCACACCAGCGCAAGAAAGAGAAGCUGAAAAUCCUUAAGCUCUUCAAGAUCGGAAAGGAUGGCUCCGUCGAAGCCCAGCGCAAGGAGUGCCCACACUGCAAGGGCUGCUUCCUUGCUAAGCACAAGGAUGGCCGCCAGUACUGCGGUAACUGCCACUACACAGUUGAUAAGGAGGGCAAGCAGAUCAAGUCUAACUAA